AUGGUGCACUCCCUCAAGCCCAACCCCAAGAGCCACAUCCAGGAGGGCUGGCGCAUCGCUGACUUCUUCAGCCACCACCCUGAGGCCCUGCACAUGUUCACGCACCUGCUGGAUGACAUCGGCGUGCCCCUCAACUACCGCCACAUGGAGGGCUUUGGCGUGCACACCUUCAAGCUCGUCAAUGCGGCGGGCAGGGAGACGCUCGUCAAGUUCCACUGGAAGCCCAAGUGCGGCGUGAAGAACCUGCUGGAGGACGAGGCCGUGGUGGUGGGCGGCACCAACCACAGCCACGCCACGCAGGACCUGUAUGAUGCCAUUGCCGCGGGUGACUACCCGGAGUGGGCCCUCAUGAUCCAGACCAUGGACCCUGCCGACCAGGACAAGUUUGACUUUGACCCCCUGGACGUGACCAAGAUCUGGCCCGAGGACAUCUUCCCUCUCCAGCCGGUUGGCCGCAUGGUGCUGAACCGCAACCCGGACAACUUCUUCAACGAGAACGAGCAGCUGGCCUUCUGCCCGGCCCUGGUGGUGCCCGGCAUCACCUACAGCGACGACAAGCUGCUGCAGACGCGCAUCUUCAGCUAUGCGGACACCCAGCGCCACCGCCUGGGCCCCAACUACCUGAUGAUCCCCGUCAACGCGCCCAAGUGCCCUGCGCGCAACAACCACCACGACGGGUUCAUGAACUUUGCCGCGCGCGACGAGGAGGUCAACUACUUCCCCUCGCGCUUCGACCCCGUGCGCCACGCGGCCCCGCACCCAAUCGCGCGCAACGUCGUGGCAGGCCGCCGCGAGCGCGCCAUCAUCGCCAAGGAGAACAACUUUAAGCAGCCGGGGGAGCGCUUCCGCGCCAUGCCGCGCGACAGGCAGGACAGGUUCAUCGGCCGCAUGGCUGACAUCCUGGCUGACAAGCGCUGCACCGCCGAGAUCCGCCGCAUCUGGAUCGGCUACUGGAGCCAGGCCGACGCCGGCCUGGGCCAGCGCCUUGCGCAGAAGCUGCAGGCCGCCGGCGCCAUGUAA